GGCAAUUACUACGUGUAGGAACGAAGGCACUAUAUAUACAUGCAUCCUCAUUCUAUUCUCCAUCAUACACUCUACACUUACAUCUAUUAUAUCGAUCAAAAUCAUCUGUUAUCUUAUCCAGUCUAAGAUUUGAAGGGCGGAAAUGGCGGGUCAAGGAAAGAUCGAAGUGGAUGUUGAAGUCAAUGUUGGUGCAGAGAAGCUGUGGAGUAGCCUUAAGGACUCCAUCAACGUCUUCCCCAAGGCCUUCCCUGAACAAUACAAGAGUAUUGAGGUGGUUGAAGGUGAUGGAGUUUCUGUUGGCUCCGUCCGCUUGGUCACCUUUGCCGAAGGGACACCACUGGUGACAUUCUCAAAGGAGAAGAUAGAGUCAGUGGAUGAAGAGAAGAAGAGCUUGAGUUACAAUGUGAUUGAGGGAGACAUCCUGAAAUACUACAAGAGUUUCAAGGCUAAUGUGGGGGUGACUCCACAGGGAGAUGGAAGCCUGGUUAAGUGGUGCUGUGAAUUUGAGAAGGCCAGUGAUGAGGUCCCAGAGCCCAGCCUCAUCAAGGAUGCUGCUGUUAAGACCUUCAAGGGUCUUGAAGUUUAUCUCAAGGCUUAAUAUAUACUUCAAUGAUUAAUUAACAUCUUCUGAUGAGUGGACCUUCAAUCUGCUGGAGGGUCCAAUCUGUGUUUUCUUUCAAUACUUCAAUAUAUGCAUUAAAAUAUGAAUAAAUACAAUUACCAUCUAUAUUGAGAGCAAAUAUAUUUAUAAUGUGUGUCCUGAUAUAUGAUGAUUGUGGAAAUCUCCGUCAAUGAAAAGAUCUAGUUGUUGCAAAUAAAGAAUUAUCCAAUAAUUUAGAAACUAGAUUUCCCAAAAGUUUUUUUUUUGUGAUCUGAAGGAAUUAACAAUGACCCAAAACUCCACUUAAAGAA